GGCCGGGCCGGGCAUGGCUGAGGGGGCGGCGGGGCCGGGCGGCGCCGAGCGCUACUUCACACGCUGGUACAAGCCAGACGUGAAGGGGCGGCCGUGCGAGGACUUCUGCGUGCUGCAGCACUCCAACAGAAUCUGUGUCAUCACCUUGGCAGAAGCCCAUCCUCUUCUUCAAAGUGGGAAAACAAUUAAAAACAUUAAUUAUCAAAUCAGUGCAAACUGUAGCAGACUUCAGAAUAAAGUCUCUGGGAAGUCAAAAAGGGAUAUCUUCAUCAGAUGGAGAGGAAUACACCAUUUACAGGUAAGGUUUUUCCCCUUCUUUUCUUACCUUAACAUACCACACACAUCAACAGAAUCUGAACACUUUUGCAGUUGCAUACGGGGGCGGCUGAUUGAAGUGAAUGAGAACAUCCUUAGUAAUCCAGCUCUUCUGCAAGAAAAGCCAUCAACUGAGGGGUACAUUGCAGUGGUUCUACCCAAAUUUGAAGAAAGCAAGAGUAUAACUCAGGGACUUCUGACGCAGAAGGAGUACGAGGAAGUUUUGUUGAAACGCCGCAGUUCUGCUUCAUGAAAUCAAUUCUACAUUCCCAUCUGUGUUUGAUACUAAAUGAGUGACUUUUAUUGUACACUGUGAGUUUUAUACUAUUGAAAAGGCCCAGUGCCAGUUUUUAAAAGUAGAACUAAACUCCUUGAUUCAUAAAAGAAUAAACCAGUUCAAAUAGUUUGUAUAUUAAAAUUUCUGUAAAAACUUGA